CCUCCAUCCCCGGAAAGAUGGAGGCAAAACCUUUGUUCAACGUGCAGAAGGCUCUGGUGCAGCCUGUGCAGAUGUGCAUGUUGGAUAUCCCCCUGAGCGUGCAGGAUGAUGAUAGCUCCACACAGGAGAUUGGAGAAGAGCUGGAGGAUGGUGUGAUCUACAGCAUAUCGCUCCGGAAAGUGCAGCUCCAUCACACGGCCAACAAGGGACAGCGAUGGCUGGGGUUUGAGAAUGAGUCGGCCUUAAACCUCUAUGAGACGUGUAAGGUGCGGACGAUAAAAGCUGGGACCUUGGAGAAGCUGGUGGAGUACCUGGUUUCAGCCUUCAAGGGCAAUGACUCCACCUACGUCACCAUCUUCCUGUGCACUUACCGCGCCUUCGCCACCACCAAGCAAGUGCUGGACCUGCUGCUUAACAGGUACGGCAAACUCCACGUGCAGGCGAAUGGGGACCACGCCAGGCACGCUGUGGACGAGAGGAUGGAGCUGAAGAACACCAUCUCCUCCAUCCUCGGUGCCUGGCUGGACCAGUACUCAGAGGACUUCCGCAAGCCCCCCGACUUCACCUGCCUCAAGCAGCUCAUCUCCUACGUGCGCCACAACAUCCCCGGCUCGGACCUGGAGCGCCGAGCCCGCAUCCUGCUGGCCCAGUUCCAGCAGCAAGAGCAGAGCGAGUCCAAAGUGGAAGCUGUGGACCACGGUGGCUGCACCUUCCAGCUGGUAGAGGAGAACGGUGUUGGGGACGGGAAGCCAGAUUUCCUCUCCUUCUCCCCAGAGAUGGUGGCAGAACAGUUCACGCUGAUGGAUGCUGAGCUGUUUAAGAAAGUGGUGCCUUACCACUGUCUGGGCUGCAUCUGGUCCCAGCGAGACAAGAAGGGCAAAGAGCACCUGGCGCCCACCAUCCGUGCCACGGUCCUGCAGUUCAAUAGCGUGGCCAACUGCGUCAUCGCCACCUGCCUCGGAGACCGCUCCCUGAAGCCGCAGCAGAGGGCUAAAGUAGUGGAGCGGUGGAUCGAAGUGGCUCGGGAGUGCCGCAUCCUGAAGAACUUCUCCUCCCUCCGAGCCAUCCUUUCGGCUCUGCAAUGCAACGCCGUUCACCGGCUGAAGAAGACCUGGGACGAGGUCCUGCGGGAGAGCUUCCGCACUUUCCACGAGCUCUCAGAGAUCUUCUCCGAUGAGAACAACCACUCGCUGAGCCGGGAGCUUCUCAUUAAGGAGGGCACCUCCAAAUUUGCCACCUUGGAGAUCAACCCAAAGAGGGCUCAGAAGCGGCAGCAACAGCAGCGAGAGAUGGGUGUGAUGCAGGGAACCAUUCCCUACCUUGGCACCUUCCUCACGGACCUGGUGAUGCUCGACACUGCCAUGAAGGAUUUCCUGGAUGGUGGGCUGAUCAACUUUGAGAAGAGAAGGAAGGAAUUCGAAGUCAUCGCCCAGAUCAAGCUGCUCCAGUCGGCCUGCAACAACUACAGCUUCACGCAGGAGGACCAGUUCGUGGACUGGUUCCACAGCCUGGAGCGGCUCAGCGAGGCCGAGAGUUACGGGCUGUCGUGCGAGAUCGAGCCGCUCUCAGAGUCGGCCAGCAACACGUUGAAGGCGAAGAAAAACACGGGCAUCAUCAAACGAUGGAGCGACCGGCAGCCGCCGAGCAGCGAGCCCUGUGCCAGCGGCAGCUCCCACUCAAAAUCCUUCGACCAGCUCAAGUGCGGGCAGUACCUGUGCAGCGGGGACGCCACCGACUCGGUGAGCGUCACCUCCGCCGGCUCCAGCAGCUCCGACGUGGAGGAGAUCAACAUCAGCUUCAUCCCCGAGUCCCCCGACUGCCAGGAGAAGAAGGUACGGGGCAGUUCGCGGGGUCCGGGCCUCCGGAGGCAGGUCAGUGAGAUCCCUCUGGCCUCCCUCCCCCAGCGCUGGUACGCCCCGUCUGUGGCCGACGGAGAAGCUAAACCCACUGUGUCCUCCGCAUCCCCUCUCCUCCCUGCCCUCCAGUUCUGGGAAUCCACCUCCCUCUCCUCCCUGGACACGUCGGGCAUCGGCUCGGGCUCCAGCAGUGCCUCAUCCUCCUCCGUCUCCUCCACGCCGGUGACAGCCUCCCGCACCCACAAGCGCUCAGUCUCUGGCAUCUCCAGCUACUCCUCCCUCUCGCUGCCCCUCUACAACCAGCAGGUCGACGACUGCUGCAUCAUCCGCGUCAGCCUGGCUGUGGACAACGGCAACAUGUACAAGAGCAUCCUGGUUAGUAUGGGGCACCCGCGGUGACGCCGGGGAGGGGUG